UCGCGUCCGUCACAGGCCACGCCACGCACAACUGCACAGACGGCCGCCUCACGCCAGUAGUCUUGCCAAUGGACUCGUCACGCGGCCCCCACCUGCUCCUCCCCCUCCUCCUGCCCGCCCUCCUAGUCCUCGCCCUCGCCCCGUCGUCGGCGCGCGCGGCGGAGCCGGGGGUCAUCCGGCUGCCGAGCGGGAAAGCGGGGGCGCGGGCGUGCGCAGCGCCGGCGGACCCCGCGGCUUACGACCGCCCCGUCAUCGGCAUCGUCUCGCACCCGGGGGACGGCGCGGGCGGGAGGAUCAGCAACGGCACCGCCACCUCCUACAUCGGCGCCUCCUACGUCAAGUUCGUCGAGGCCGCCGGCGCGCGCGUCAUCCCGCUCGUCUACAACGAGCCCGAGGAGCGCCUGCUCGAGAAACUGAGUUUGGUGAAUGGUGUGCUGUUCACUGGUGGAUCAGAGAAGCAAGGUGUAUACUUUGAGACAAUUAAAAAAUCGUUUCAGUAUGCCUUGGACAGGAAUGACGCAGGUGAACCAUUUCCUGUGUUUGCUCAAUGCCUAGGCUUUGAGCUUGUAAGCAUGAUUGUCAGCAAGGACAAUAAUAUCUUGGAAAUGUUUGACGCCCAGAAUCAAGCAUCUACUCUUCAGUUUCCCAGCUAUUCUUUCGAGGGUACGGUGUUUCAAAGAUUUGACUCUGACCUCAUCAAGAAAGUCAGCACCAGCUGUCUUGUCAUGCAAAAUCACAGAUAUGGUAUUUCACCAAAGCGUUUCCGAGAGAAUGGUGAAUUAUCAAGUUUCUUCAGAAUCUUGACUACAUCGCCUGAUGAAAAUGGCAAGGUCUACGUCUCAACCGUACAAGCAAAUAAAUAUCCAAUCACUUGCACACAGUGGCAUCCUGAGAAAGCCAUUUUUGAGUGGAGAAAACCAAUGAUACCACACAGUGAAGAAGCAGUACAAGUUACUCAACAUUUUGCUAAUCAUUUUAUCAGCCAAGCUCGCAAGUCUCCCAACAGACCUCCUGCGGACAAGGUGCUUGAUAACCUGAUCUACAACUACAGCCCCACAUUUAGCGGAAAAACCUCGAAAUCUUUUGAGGAGGUUUACAUAUUCUCCUAAGACUGGAGCAGGCGGCAGAGGGUCCUCCUGAACCAGCAUUCAAUUGCUAUUGUGUUAUGGCUGUGUAUUUAUCAUACCUGUAUUGUUCUCUUGCCGCCAUAUUGGUGGGCGCUGCUGUAUUAUUGUGGACUCGCAGUCGAGCCACCAUCGCCUUCAGCAGGAACAUAUAUGUACUGAACUGAAACAUACCUUGAAGAGUAUGUAUGUUUAUAUGUGAGAGUUUGGAAUCUAAAAGUUCUCCAAAUCUGUGGACCUUUGGAAAUUGAAA